AUGGACCACCAUAUCGUCAAUGGCCAAAAUGGGCACCUUGGACCAAACGUUGUCGAGGCCGACGUAAUUAUUGUUGGCGCCGGUUUCGGAGGCUGCUAUGCUCUUCAUAAAGCUCGAAGUGCAGGCUACACCGUCAAACUUUUUGAAGCUGGCGGCGAUUUUGGGGGAGUUUGGCACUUCAACAGCUAUCCUGGUGCUCGUGUUGACUCCGAAACACCUCUGUAUCAACUGGAUCUACCCGAAGUGUGGAAAUCUUUCAGUUUCCGCAGAAAAUACCCAGCACAUGACGAGAUCAAAGCCUACUUUAAGCACCUGGAAGAAGUACUAGAUCUGCGGAAGGACGCCAUUUUUAACGCCAGAGUAACUGAAGCCAAAUAUGAUACCACAUCCGGCCGUUGGCAUCUUAGGACAAGUGCUGGACAUACAGUAACCGCCCGCUACGUCAUUUUUGCCACAGGAACAACGAAUAAGGCGUACAUCCCCAAGUUUGCUGGCAUCGAUAAAUACAAGGGCACGACCAUACAUCCAGCAAAUUGGCCAAAAUACUUUGGCGUCAAGGGCAAAAAGGUCGGCAUCAUCGGCCAGGGUGCCUCUGGCCUGCAGAUUCUUCAAGACUUGGCCAAAGAAGAGUGCGAGCUAACUGUAUUUGUGCGAAAUCCAAGCGUAGCUGUUCCAAUGCGUCAGAGGGAAUUCAGUGAAGACGAGAGAGAGGAAAAAAAGAACACAUAUCAAGCUCUUUUUGAGAAGGGAAAGUACAACAAUACCACUGGCUAUCACUACAACACUGAGAAACGACGCUUUCACGAAGUCAGCCCAGAGAAGAGGCAGGAACAUUAUGAAGAGCUCUGGAGAAGAGGAGGCUUUGUCAUUUUCACCACCAGCUUCCAAGACCAUGCUUUUGACAAGGUCGCCAACGCUGAACUAUACCAGUUUUGGGCAAAAAAGGUGCGAGCUCGGAUUUCUGAUCCUGUGAAAAGAGACAUCAUGGCUCCUCUGCAGCAAAACCACUGGAUAGGGACUAAGCGUCCUAGUCUGGAGACAGACUACUACGAGAUGAUUGACCGCCCGAAUGUAGCCCUUGUUGAUGUGAAGAAGACGCCAAUCCUGUUAUUCAGCGAAAAUGGCAUCACGCUCGAAAACGGCCAGUCUAUUGAGCUGGAUGUCGUUGUCUUUGCGACUGGAUACGACUCCGUGACUGGCAGUCUUUACGAUAUGAACAUCCACGAUAAGAACGGGGUUAUCCUGCAAAAGAAAUGGAAGCAAGGCAUAAGAACAUACCUCGGAACCAUGAUUCCCGACAUGCCCAACGCCUUCAUCCUCUACGGUCCACAGUCGCCUUCCUCUCUCGCUAAUGGACCACCUUUUCUGGAAUUGCAAGUCGAUUGGGCCAUGAAACUCCUCAGUAAAGCCAAAAACGAAGGAAUAGCAAAUGUCGAGCCUUCUGCAAAGGCCGCUCAAUUCUGGAGUGACACAACGAAUGCCGUUUACCAGCAUCUUUUGCACCGGGAAACGCCUUCGUGGUGGAAUGGGUCGAAUAUCCCUGGCAAAAAGCAGGAGCCUCUGAUCUGGUUCGGUGGCCUCCAGGCAUGGCGGGAAUGGUGCGAUAAGGGACUGGAGGAUUGGUCGCAGUUUGUUGUUUCCGGUCUUCCGAAUGGAGAUUUUCAUGAAGGAGCCGCGGUGGUACAGUGA